AUGGCACUACCAAUGAAGACUGGUAGACGCAAUCCCUCUUAUUCUUUCCUGGAUCCGAAUCUGGAUUCCCUUGGGUGUUUAGCAAAGAAGAUUACGCCAGAUGAGUCAACCAAUUUCCGAGGAAUAUAUGGGUACAUUCUGAGCCUUCUCAAGAUGCCGUUCACCAAGUACGAGCAAAAGGGAGUUCAUACUUUGCUUCAGUUCUAUAAUCCUACCCUUCGCUGCUUCACGUUCACCGACUACCUCUUGGUUCCGACAUUAGAAGAAUAUUCCCUAAUUCUUGGCGUUCCUAUAAAGAAGGAAGUACCAUACUAUGGCACCAUGAAGGCCCCUGAUUCCAUUGAAAUUGCUAAGGCUCUUUAUUUGAGCAAAUCGGUCGUGGAAGCAAAUCUCACUAAGAAGGGAGGAGGUCUUGGUUUUUGCAUGGAGUUUCUGGUCAAAAGGGGUUGUGAGGCUGCUGAAGCAAAGGAAUGGGACACAUUUAGGGCUAUCCUGGCUCUAGGUAUCUAUGGUAUCAUGAUGUUCUCGAACAUUCCUAACUUUGUUGACAUGAAUGCAAUUCAUAUGUUCAUUCUGCAGAAUCCGGUUCCUACACUUUUGGGGGAUGUUUAUCACUCCAUUCAUCACAAGAGUAGUCAGAAGGGAGGUUUGGUUAGAUUCUGUGCUCCGUUGUUAUAUCGUUGGUUCAGGUCACAUUUGCCUGAGUGUGGCGCUUUCGUUGAUAAUAGGCACACAUCUAAGUGGGCUGAGAGGAUUAUGGGGCUUAGGGCCAAAGAUAUUGUCUGGCACAACAGAUCCUUAGAUGACAUGGAAGUUAUUAUGGGUUGCGGAAAGUUCAAAAAUGUACCUCUCAUGGGUCUUAGCGGUGGAAUAAACUAUAAUCCCGUCCUGGCUAGGAGAACAUUUGGAUAUGCUUUUAUCAGUCCCCCGGAGCAGACAUAA